AUGACCAACACCAAUCAAUCAACGGACUCGAGUUCAGUUCCUCCAGACACUACAUCAGUCGUUCGAGGAAGCUCGGCCCAAUGGCCACACAAAUUUUGUCGGUUUCUGAAGAAGGUCAAGGAUGGUGUAACAAAGAAGAUUUCUGCUGAGAUCAUACACAAGCGCUCGAACAUGAAGAAUUUGCACAGCAGCGAGCCUGUUCUCCCAAACGUUGAUCACACAGGCGCUUUGUCAACUCCGAAUAUCAAGCCUGAGAAUACUUCAUCUGAUGUGAAACAAGGCGGUGAUCCCCAAUCGGCACUUCUAGAUGCCAAAAAAGCUGUCAAAGGCAUGAAUCUACUUUCAGGGCCUGUAGAAUCUGGGGCAUCCACCGCCCAAAAUGCACCAGGGGAUCUUGAGGACGCAUAUAGUUUCCAGGACACAUAUCUUCAACCCCUCAGGACAUUCGACAAUAUUAUCGGGAAGCUCGCAGAUGUACAUCCAUAUGCAAAGAUUGCACUAGGCGUCUUAUCUUGUGCUUCAAAAGACGAGACGCUUGGCCAGAUUUCAUCGAUGCGCGAUAUCCUUGGACAGAUCUCUCAGCAGACCCUUGAAUGUGCUCGCUUCAUUAGAGAUUAUGCAGAGACCAAGAGCUUCUGUGAGUCUUCAAGUUGUCGCACGUUCUACGUGCUCAAUAUCCUACCAUUAUAA